GGCUGGGCCCAUGCAGGGCACCUGCUCCCCUGACAAGGAGGUACAAAUCGGACAGCCAGAGACCAAGAGGGUCCUGAACCAGCCGUCCAGGGGAGUGGGUGUCCAGGGUUCCCCAGCUAAGGGAGACAGAGUCUGGGAGGCCAGAAGAGCAGCUCAGAGGCCGGCAGGCCAGACCAGGCCACCGGGCUUAGCGAUGCGGCCGGUCCCCCCAAGCACCCUGCAACUGCUCUUCCAAGGUCUCUCCCACGAGGGCCAGGGCCGCACCCAGUACCUCCGGGAGCGGCAUCGACAGAAGCCGGAGGAGAAGUUCCAGUAUCCCGUGCUGUCAUCCUGGGAGUACGGCUGGCAUGUGGGGGAUGCCAUGAGGGACCCCAAGCCUCCAACUUACGCCAAGAUCCAGCCCAUCACGAAGGUGUUUUACAUGGAAAGCGGCAUCUUCCAUUUUCCGCGGAGAACAGACCAGCUCAUGUGACCUCAGCCGGGGAGGGUCCUUGGCUGCCCCUUUCCUUUGCCCAGGUCCAUGUGGACCCUCCAUGGGGAGACGCUGCCAGCCAGACACACGCCCCAUGUCCUGCCGAGCCCUGCCUCCCUUGCUGAGAGUGACUGUCACAUAGAUCGGGGGCCCACCUGCUGGUUCUCAGGUUGGCUUGGCAGGGACCUCAGCUCUUGGCAGGGCUGCCCCACCCCUGCUGC